AUGUCUAACACCAAAACCGUGCAUGUCCCCCACCUCGGUGGUAUCGAGGCAUCUUACCAGAUGCCUCACCCUUACGAUCCGAAAAAGCCAACCUUGGUUCUCGUCAAUUCGUUUACCACCUCGGCAGAGCUGUACCGCGAGCAGUACGCCAACAAGGAGCUGACCGACACAAUGAAUCUGCUUGCCAUCGAGCUUCUUGGUCACGGCCAGACACGCACUAAGCGCGAAAACUGGACGUAUUGGGAUACUGCCGAGAUGAAUCUGCAAGUCCUUGAUGCCCUGAACAUCGACAAGGCUUUUGUACUCGGCACAAGUCAAGGUGGCUGGAUCACAGUGCGCAUGGCGCUGAUGCGGCCGGAGAAGAUCGCUGGCAUCAUCCCCUUGGGCACAUCAUUGGAUGCUGAGACCGCCACAACCCGCAACCUUAACUGCUGGGACGCGCCUAAACUGUUGACUGCCGAUAUUGAGAAGUGGACUACUCAGGAGCCCACACCUCAGUUUGAGCCCGACCUGAAGUUCUGCGAUUUCUUGAUCGACAUCGGCUUCGGUAAAGAUGACUGUCCUGCUGAUGUUCGCGAAUACUGGCGCAAGACCAUCCGCCAAAAUUACCAAGGCGACGAUGGCCGGCGUCGCAUUCGCAUGGCAUCUAUCAACUUAAGGGAUCGGGAUGGUCUGCACCCGAGGCUGUUUGAUGUGCGAUGCCCCGUGAUGUGGCUGCAUGGAACCAAGGAUGUUGUCUACUCUGUCGCCAACGCCGAGCGCGAGAUCAAGCUAUUCGUGAACUCUCCUGACGCGCGCCUUGUGACUGUUCCAGGUGGUGCUCAUUUCUUGAGUGCUUCUCACCCCAAGGAAGUGGACCAGGCGUUGAUUGAGUUUGUGAAGAAGUACAGCGCAUAA